CCCUUUUUUGGGGGGGGGGGAGGAAUGGAGUACAGAGGUUCUCGCGAGAGUUGCUUCGUUUAUGUAGAAGGGUUUGGCGUAAGCGGUGCUUGUCAGGGGGUCAGUGUUUGUAUCUUUUGAGAAUCACAUGUGGAAGAAGAAAUGGAAUAUAUGAAAGAGUAUACUCCCCUUCACCAGGGGAACAUCUUAUGUUGCCAGUGUGGCAUUGCAAUCCCACCAAACCCAGCCAACAUGUGUGUAGACUGUUUAAGAACUCAAGUGGAUAUCACUGAGGGGAUUCCUAAGCAAGUCACUGUUCAUUUCUGCAAACAGUGUGAAAGAUAUCUUCAACCACCAGCAGCUUGGCUACAGUGUGCUUUGGAAUCAAGAGAACUUCUUUCAUUAUGCCUUAAAAAAAUUAAGGCUUCUCUUAGUAAGGUUCGGUUGAUUGAUGCAGGAUUUGUAUGGACUGAACCACACUCUAAAAGACUUAAAGUAAAGCUAACUAUACAAAAAGAGGUAAUGAAUGGUGCAAUUCUUCAGCAAGUCUUUGUAGUAGAGUAUAUUGUUCAGUCACAAAUGUGUGAAGACUGCCAUCGUGUUGAAGCUAAGGAUUUCUGGAAAGCAGUGGUUCAAGUUAGGCAAAAGACACCACAUAAAAAGACGUUUUAUUAUUUGGAGCAAUUAAUUUUAAAGCACAGGCUUCACCAGAACACUCUUCGGAUCAAAGAGAUUCAUGAUGGUCUGGAUUUCUAUUUUGCUUCCAAACAGCAUGCUCAGAAAAUGGUGGACUUCCUUCAGUGUACUGUACCUUGUAGAAUUAAAUCAUCACAGCGUUUGAUUUCUCAUGACAUUCACAGCAAUACAUAUAAUUACAAAAGCACUUUCUCUGUUGAGAUUGUUCCAGUAUGCAAGGACAAUGUUGUGUGUUUGUCACCAAAACUGGCUCAAAGCCUUGGUAAUAUGAGCCAGAUUUGCAUCUGUAUCCGGGUAACCAGUGCCAUUCACGUCAUUGAUCCGAGUACUCUUCAAAUUGCAGAAAUAGAUGGAAAUACUUAUUGGCGCCAUCCUUUUAAUAGCUUGUUUCAUCCAAAGCAGUUAGAAGAAUUUAUUGUAAUGGAUAUCAGUAAGAUUUAUGAACAGAAGCAAGGGGCUGGUGCAGGCAUGAAAUCCAACAAGCAUAUCCUUGCGGAAGCCUGGGUUCGGAAAACAUCAGAAUUGAAUACAGACCAUCAGUAUUUCUGUCGUACUCAUUUGGGGCAUCUUCUGAAUCCUGGAGAUCUUGUAUUGGGCUUUGAUUUGGUUAAUUGUAAUCUGAAUGAUGAAUUUGCAAAUAAGAUGAAUCCCCACAGUAUCCCUGAUGUGGUUUUGAUUAAAAAAUGUUAUGAUCGCACCAAGCGUCAACGUCGCAGAAAUUGGAAACUGAAAGAAUUACAAAGAGACCGAGAUAACAUGGAUACUGAUGAUGAAAGACAAUACCAAGACUUCCUAGAAGAUCUAGAAGAAGAUGAAACAAUUAGAAAAAAUGUCAACAUUUAUAAAAAUCCAGUGAUACCAGUGGAGAGUGACGUAGAUGAUGAUAGCAUUCCCCAAAUCAGUCUCACUGAAAUGCUAGAAGACCUUCAGAUAUCUGAAGAUGCUACAGGGGAAGGAGGUGCCGAUAUGCUGAUGGGAUAAGUUAGGAGGUCUUGCUAAUUGAAUUUUGUUCUUCCUUGAAAAAUAGUCCCUAAGAAAUCUAUUAUAGGCAUUCUUGACAUGAAAAAUAAAUAAUAUUGAUAAGAUUUGCAAGAGGUUAAAAAGCAAAUGCUUCUGAAAGAUAUAAUGGUUAAUACAAAAGGAAAAAUUAAUAGAUUUAAGUUUUUUAAAAAAUUAUAUAUCAAAUUGGUAUAUUUUCUAUUAUUUCAAUAAUUUCAAUAUCUGUUCUCAGGCCUUUUAGGCUGUUUGUGUUGACAAGUGUUAACAAACCUCAAAUAAACUGGUCCUUUAAAUACAUAUCUUGCAAUUGGCAAAUGUAUGAAGUCUGAUUAAUUCAAAUUAGGAAGAUUUGAAUUGACAUUAUUCAUAUUAUUUGAAAAUGAUUUAAAGUUCUUUAGAAGAGUAAACUUUAGAGUGUAAACCAAAAAUCUGGUUCAACAUGUUGUAGUAAGUUUUAAUGAAAUUUGAGUCAUGAAAUUAUCAUGCAGAUAAUGCAAAACACAGAUUAUAAUUAUAGUACAAUUUAUCUAAUCCAUAACAUUUGAAUGACAACAUCAUGCUCCAUGAAAUGUCAUUUCUCUUUACUCCCCAAAUAUUUUAAUUUAUACACUAUAUUUUAUGGUUUAGGACAGUAUGUGAAUAAGCCAUGGUUAGAAUAGGGUUAGGGUGAUAGUGUGAUGCAUGAACCCCACAGUUAAGAAUUAUAUUUGUGUCCUUCAGUUCUUUCAGAAUUAUGGAAGUAAGAAAUCCAGAUAGUUAGAGAAUGGUCAGGUUGGUGUAAACUGUUUAGCUUCUCCAACAGGACAUGAUUUUUAAGCCUUCUGUUGAGGUUACAAAUAUGUUCAUGAGGUAAAAAGGAGCAUCAGUAUUACAGGUCUGAAAAAUACCUUCUUUAUAAAUUUUUUUCAUUUGCGCAACAUACUCUCAUUGAUGGAAGUUAGAUGUAGACACAAACCAUAUAAAAUAUUUCUUUAAAAUAUGCUGUAUUAAGCUGACAACAUUUUAUGGUGUAGAAAAUACUAAUUUUGAAUCAGCUUUCUUGAUAUGUCAUUAUCUGUUCCAGCUGAUCUUUAAAGAAAAUCAAGGAAGUAUUUUCUUAUUUCCAUAAGUUGAUUAUACCUGCCCAGGCACAGUUUAUAGAAUUGCUAAUUCAUGAUUAUAGAUAGCACUUAAUUAUGCAUGAGAUUUCAUAAGUGUCUCAAAUGUAAACAUGUUAAGAAAGUGUGACACCUGUGCUUAUGAAAGUAGAAUGGGGAAAUCCAGGAUUUUUGUCCUUGCCGAAUCAAUUAUUUUACAGGUGUGGCAUAGUUUGGGAAAGCUGGCAUCAGGAGUCUGCACAUAUAAUUUUUUUUCUGUUACAUUUCAAGAACUCUCCCUUGAGUUGAGGCAGUAUCGAAUAGAUUUUCAAUGGUUUUUAAAAAAUGAACAAUUCUCCUAAAUAAGGACAAUACACCAUAAAAUAAUUUCAUACAAGAUUGGUAUAUAAUACAUCAUUUCAGAGUAAUUAAAUAGAAAUGGUAUCAUUGCUGAAAGGGUUUUUGUAGUAAAAAAAUGCAUUUCUCAAUCCAUAUAAUGAUAUUUGGAGGUAUAGUGUUUAAAUCUCCAUAAUAUUUCACUUUAAAUGUUAUUUGUACAGCAGAUGUUAUAUCAAAGGAGCCUUAAAUUACACUUUUUACUUUUACAAUUAAUUUGUAAACGCUGCUGUUUCACUGUUUUAGUAAUAACUACCUUUCUUCAUUAAAAUAUCUCAAGAUUGAGCUAUUUAUUGUUGAUACUAUGUUUCAACUUCAUCUCAUACUUUGUACACUUUUAAUCAGAUGUAUAUAUUUGUUCUGCAUCAAUGCCGCAAGUUCCAUUUUAUUUUCAUCGAAGUCUCCGUAAUUCAUGAAAACAUUCUUAGCACUGAAACAUAAUUAAUCUCAGCUAUAUGUUCCUGAGAAUGCAUUGUUGCCUUGCGAAAAAAGGAAAGGCAAAAUUACACUUUGUGUUUAGUGACUGCAACAUCUACCAAUGGAGUUGCCAAUCCCAAUUGUGUUCGCUAAAUGGGAAUUAACUGUCACAUUUACACAAACACUUGAUGAAAAUGAUUGCUAGUGUGUGUUGUAGUUACGUUGUAUGAACAAUAACAAUUGCAGUAAUUCAAGGAGACAUGGCUCAUUUAAUUGUAGUUAAAUCUUAUGCAAAGAUAGCCUACAUAUGAUUCAUAAUUUCAUGGUUAUAUCAGCAACACAUAACAUUCAUAAGAGGCCAGUUAAUUAAAUAUUUUGCUCUGUUAUGUCUGGAAAUGAACAGACAAAUUCUACAAAAAUUGUG